GGGAAUUAGAUUCUUCGUCGAUUUGGAUCCUGUAAAUUAACAUUCAAUGCAAUGCGUCCUCUCAGUCUCACACAACCCCCUUGCGCCUCACGGAGCUCGCAGCUCAGCGUUGACUCGGUACGGCGGCGGUGGCGGCAGUUCCCGAUUCAUCCAUGGCGGAGGCCGAUUCCAGCUGUGUGACUUUGGAUUACGCGGAGAUCAUCGUAGUUCGUCAUGGCGAAACGGCCUGGAACGCUGAGCAUAGAAUCCAGGGGCAUUUGGAUGUUGAAUUAAAUGAUGCUGGGAGGCAGCAAGCAGCAGCAGUGGGUAAUAGAUUAUCAAAGGAUCCCAAAAUCUCCCUUGUAUAUUCUUCUGAUCUGAGUCGAGCUUAUGAGACUGCACAGAUAAUUGCAGCCAGGUGUGGUGGGCUAAAGGUUGAAACAGAUCCUGAUUUACGCGAAAGGCAUUUAGGUGAUCUUCAAGGACUUGUAUACCAUGAACUUGCCAAGCUUAAACCUCAGGCUCACCAGGCCUUUGUAUCUCGUGAGACAUUUCAAGAGAUCCCGGGUGGUGGAGAAAGUCUUGAUCAACUUCAUCAACGCUGCACGUCUUCAUUGCAGCGAAUUGGCAGUAAACACAAGGGAGAGCGAGUAGUUGCAGUCACCCAUGGGGGGGUCAUCAGAACACUUCUCAAGAAGGGUUACGCAAAUGGCAAGUCUGUAGGCAAAGUAGGCAAUGCAUCGAUCCACAUAUUUCACUUGUACGAUGACGGCAAAUGGACCGUGAAAUCCUCAGGUGAUGUUAGUCAUCUCAACCAAACAGAUUAUCUGGAGUCAGCUUUCGGUGGGGAUGAAAAAUCUGGUUAGUUCAUGUUUGGGGUGCUCUCGCAGUUUAUAGUGAUCAAUUGAAUGCUGGAAGUACCUAGCACUUUUCAGUACUAAUUUUAUUUAGCUGAUGCUGAAUUAUUGCAAUAAGGCGGCCUAGAUUAAUGCCGGCCAUAUGUUCUUACAAUCUAACGAUAACAAUAUGUUGUAUUGAUCGAUAUGACUCUUGGCUAUGUUGCACAUUGCUUGCAUCUUCA